AUGUCUUCUGGUGAUCACAAGUUUCCUUCGCCCAUUGGAGGCAUUCCUUUUCCUCAUGAUUUUGCUCCGGCCUUGUUCUUUACAAUUCUCUAUGCUAUCACCGCUCCAGUUGGAAUCUACCGGAUGGUCAACAAGCGGUCACGAACGCUUAUGAUCUUAGGCACCGUGAUAUUCUCGGUGGAGCGAAUUGCCGACUUCGCCAUUCGUGCUGCCGAGGCUGAGAAGCCCAACAUCCGCACCACAAAGUUCUUCGUCGGUUGGCUGCAGAGCGCGUAUGGCAUGGGCUUCCUGAGCACGACGCAGGACCUCAACAACCUCGCGCGGCUCUUCGUCAUGAAGACGACAGAGGGCACCUCCUUCCCCGUCGGAAUCCCGCCAGUUGGCCGCACCGCCUCCCGCAUGGAGGAGGAGCAGCCGCUCGCGGCGAUGGGAGGUUUCGAGGACGAGCCGGCACGUCGUGCCCUGCUCCGGCGUACUGGGAUCGCCACCUUAGUGCUUCGGCUUCUGGCGGUUGCUCUGGCCGGGGUAUCCGGCGGUCUAUACUACAACGGAAUUGCGAGCGAGAGCCAAGCCAGUCUCGUACAGCACACGAGGUAUGCAUCAACGAUCAUCGUGCUGUUCCUACAGUUCUUCGGCCUGAGUGAGGUCCUCUGGGCAUUGGCGGCGCGUCCUAAACGGACACCGCGCGGACCCGCGCUAUACAUCUGCAGCAUGAUAUGCAUCAUCGUGAGUCUUCACGAUGAUCACCACCGUGUAUCGCCUGACAGCGAUGUCCAGCUACACCGACUCGCUGACGUCGAUGGGCCAGGCUCGCUCAACGGGCCCACCGCGAAGGCGCUGUUUUACGCGUUCCACAUCGCGCCCGAAUGGCUCUCCGGCGCGAUGCUGCUCGGUGUGAACGUCAAGGACACGUUCGGGCUCUCCGGGGCCUGA